CCUAACUAUGUAUUUCUGGUUUCAUAUUUCACAAUUAUCUGGGAUCCUUCGAAUGCGUUGAUCAGUGAUUAUCUGAUGGUUUGAGUUUUUUAUUUUUUCAUUUGAACUAAUUAAGCUAACGUCCUUGAAUGAUAUAAUGCAUACCUUUUUCAACUGAGCUAAUGUCUUAUUGUUGUGCCAACUGAAAGUUUAAUAUCAGUAGCAGAGCAUAUCACAGGUUUUUCCGCGCCUAGAUUGUGUUUCCUGAUUUUAAAAGGCAUAGUUAUUGAUGCUCCCUACAGCUACGUGAAAGUCCCCUCGUUAAUCAAUCUUAUGUGACCACUCCAAUUAUAGCACUUUCUUGAGUUGUAUUGAUUUGUUUCAUGCACGAAGGCACUUUCUAAGAGAGGGAACUAACAGCGCUUUUUAUUUUGGCUUAAAGCUGACGUGGGGCCCACGCCACGUCAGCGUCGGGUUUUUUGAGCGUUGGCUGGUUUCGUGCUCCAUAGACUUAUUGAGGUGGAUGAAAGUAGGAAUUUGAUCCUUGUCAGUUGUCACAAAUUACUCCCAUUAAUUGCACCUCCUUCAAUUCAACGCCAUCAAAACCAGCCCAAGAUCGAAGUAUGGCGAGAGUCAGGGACAGAAUGGAAGAUUUUAAAGAUGCUGUGCACCGCUCAGCUUUAUCUAUGGGAUAUGACGAGUCUAAACUGGCAGCUGUGAUGGCAUCUUUCAUUAUGCACAAACCUCGGCAAAGGUCAUCUUUUACCAAAGCUGCAUUGACUACGCUUGAAAGCAUCGGAGCUUUGGAACAGUUCUUGGUGAAGCAUAAGAAGGAUUAUGUAGACUUGCACCGCACCACUGAGCAGGAGAGAGACAGUAUUGAGCAUGAAGUUACAGUUUUUGUUAAAGCAUGCAAAGAACAAAUAGACAUUCUCAAAUCUAGUAUAAAUGAUGAAGAGUCAAACUCGAAGAGGUGGCUUGGCAUAAAGGGUGAUCAUUCUAAUGCAGAUACUAUUGCACACAAACACGGAGUGGUGUUGAUUUUAAGUGAAAGGCUUCACUCAGUAACAAGACAGUUUGACCAGCUUAGAGCGAUACGGUUCCAAGAAGCUAUUAACCGAGCAACACCCAGAAGAAGACUGAAGCGGGUUGCUGCAUCUAAAUCUGCGGACAACUCUCAUUCUAACAAGAUAGAGCUGAAGGAACCUAACCACUCAGAGCUCAUAGAGCCUGAUGAGGUUCAAACUGACCCUAUAAGAGUCCAGCAGCAACUUUUGGAUGAUGAAACUCGUGCCCUUCAGGUGGAGUUGACUAGCCUUCUAGAUGCUGCUCAAGAAACUGAGACGAAGAUGGUGGAAAUGUCUGCUUUGAAUCACCUCAUGUCAACACAUGUUCUGCAACAAGCUCAACAGAUAGAGUUUUUGUAUGAUCAGGCGGUUGAAGCUACAAAGAAUGUAGAACUUGGAAACAAAGAACUUUCCCAAGCCAUCCAACGGAAUAGCAGUAGUAGAACUUUCCUUUUGCUCUUUCUUUUUGUAAUGACUUUCUCAAUCAUCUUUCUUGAUUGGUAUAGCUGAAUGGAGGAAGACAAAGAUAAGUUUCAUUACCUGGAUGCAAUAUAUGGUUAUUCUGCUUGCUGAAA